AUGUCGAAGACCUCGGCCAUGGCGACGACGAAGCGGACGAUUCUGACGGAGCCCCAGGACUGGGACCGUUGGGUCAAGGAGUUACGAGCACGAGUAGAUAAGCUUGUUCAUAAGCUUGUUUUUGAAGAUGGCUCCGAGCCCAUGGAGCUACCUAUACGCCCGACUUUUGAUGACUUUGGAGAAGGCUCUCUUCGUGACGAGGGAAUCUACUGGGAUACCUUCACAGAGCCCUGCCAAGAGAUUUGGAUCGACUGGACCGAGCUUACCCCUGAUUUCGAGGGCUAUGUCCGUGUGAUGUUCAUCACAGACGCAUAUUCGGGCAUGGUUUUCCCCUAUUUUCUUAAGACCUAUCAGUCAAAGCAUCACCUAGCCGCACUUCGAGAUUUCGUUAGCUGGAUGAAGCUUCGGUUUGACUACACGGUGAAAAUCGUACGGUCUGACGGAGAGCUAUUCACUAAUAAGAUCAAGAACGGAGAAAUCGGCCUCGAACACACAGGCCCAGAAAGAGCUCGCAAGAUGAGGAUCGUAGCAGGCCUUCCUCACGACCUUUGGAAAGAAACCGUGGAAGCAUCCUGCUAUCUACGGAAUCGAACCCCUCGAGCCCCUAGGGCUACAAACUCAACUCCGAAUUCGUCGGAAGACUGGAAAACACCUCUUGAGCUCUUUACGAAGAAGGAUCGGCCUCAACAGCAUGCCCAGCUCAAGGCGUACGGCUGCAGAGCCUAUGCCAUGACUUCUAACGCACAGCUAGGCAAGAAAAAGAGGCAGAAGCUUGAUCCACGGUCACAUAUAGGAUACCUGGUUGGAUACAAUUCGACGAAUAUCUUCCGGAUCUGGAUUCCGCAACGAAGAAAGGUUAUUUCGACAAGGGAUGUUAUUUUUGACGAAUUUACCUAUUUUGAUGGGAAAUUCGAGCAGCCGCCGCUGCUUCCUACCAUCAAUGAGCUUAUUCAGCGCGUUGAGAUACCAGAAGACCAGAAAAUCAACCAGGAAAUCCUUGGCGAAGAAUCGGAGCUUGAGAGCGUGUUCGACGAAGACUCGGAGGUUUGGCCUCAACUCGACAAAUGGAAAGAGGCCCACAGUAGCCCGUUCUUAGAUCUCGGGGUGGAACAGAACAUGGCCGCCGGCGCCUUCUUGGAACUCCUGGAGUGGCUUCGAGAGGUGCUCCUGCAGGACGCGGUCUUCUUUCGCGAGUCCUACCCUGACCAUCCUAUCUUCCAGGAUCCGGUCUUCUCUUGCCCCGAGUUUGAAGCGUUCGCCAGCAAAGUUCACACGUGCACACGGGACCACGAAGACAGCCAUACACAAUCAUUCAAAAAGCGAUCCCCCGAGCAGUUAGCCGAGCGAAGACAUCUAGACCUUUUGGGGGCUUCUUACGAAUUAUGUACCAAGUUGCAUGAGUUUGCGCAGGCGACCUACACCGUCACUUUCAGCCCUGGCCAAAGUGCUGCAGGUCAACGUGCGGAGGUCGCAGGAGCUCAUCAAGAGAGGCGCCGCGCUCCACGAGAGGCGGUCCUCGGGUCCGAGAUAGACCCUUCGCAGGCGGUCGGUCCGACAUACGCUCCGCUCCCUCUAGAGCAGCAGCAGGAAAUGGUCUUCAAGCUCCCCCGUUCUGUCAAAUCUGUACAGGAGCUGCUGCGUCUCUGGCGGCAGGGCUGGGGCGAAAUGCCUUCUGUGGAUUCUCUUGAGCGCGACUGGGGUUCUCGAUGGCGGCCAUCUGCAGAGAAGAAUUACUUUUCCACGCGCAAGAUCAUCGUCGAUGAGGUUCGGAGGCGGGUCCAGUUGGGCGGCUUAACUGAAGAUAUCGUGGCGAGGCAAAUGGACGAAGAACGUGGACCCAGCUCUUUGGACAAAUUGUUCAAGGCCAUCCGAAAGGGCAGGCAAGGCGAAAGAGGGACGCAGACGUACGUCGAGGCAAGUUGA